AUGUCGGACGAUGACCGACGAGCUCUGGAUCAAGCGCCAGUGCCAGAAAGCUCGCAGAGCUUCUUGAUAUCACGAAACGCUGUAGCGGUGUCAGACUCAAAUCUACGUUCCCCACCGACUUCAAUUGCCAUGUUGCGCUUGCAACGGACGACCACCUCGUCCCAGACUUCUCAGGCACAACCAGACGAGGAAGCGUUGAACAAGCCGCCUCUACAACACAAGCCAUGGGGAUCGCGGUCGUUACAAAGACGAACACUACUGGCUUUUGCUGGUAUUUUCAUCGGUCUUUUGGCCGCAGUCGAAGCUAUCAUCCAGGUAGCCCACAACAACCAAGGCAUAGCAAACGCUGAUGAGGAUGCCUACUACCUUUGGACAUAUGGGCCUGUUGCUAUUCUGACGGUGACGCUCGCGUUCUGGUCUCGGAUCGAAUACAGAUCAAAGCAGCUCGCCCCGUAUAUUCUGCUGCAUAGCGACCCUGCCUCCACAGAUCAGGCUAUCCAUCUCGACUACAUCUCUCCUAUUGCACCUACGACAAUUUACCAAGCCAUACGAAACCGCAACGUCUUGGUCGCCUUAGCUUCGAUAUCCUCACUUCUGGUUACCCUACUCAUCGUCGUCUCAACCAGUCUUCUCGGCUUGGUAUCCUUCCAGCUGGACCAAACGGGCAUUACGAUGGCGGUCUCUGAUUCAUUCGUGGACAACGCCUCGUCCUUACUUACUAGCCCUGUUGCUCAAAUGCCCUUCUAUGUCUAUGAUGCCAUUCACAACUCAAGUCUGAAGUAUCCCGCCGGGACUACAGCGUCAUUCGCAUACCAAAACUUUACUUCAGCCGAUCCCUCAGCGGCCGACGCACUAACUGCAGAAGUUGACGGAUUCUCCGCGACGCUCACCUGUGAACCCGCUAUGCUCCAUUUCGGGGGUCUUUCGUUGAAUGUACCUACCGGUGGACAGCCGUAUAACACCUACGAGCCUACUGAUGAUGUUUCCAAUGUUACAAUCUCUUUCAACGGCUGCGAGGCAAAUUUGACACCGCCAUUAUAUCUGACGGAAGUCGGAGUGAAACAAACCAUUGGACAGUUUGUCAAAGUAGCGUGUGCAGGCGGUGGAGAUGAAGAAGACUCGCAGCGCGUCUUGAUUUACACAAUGGAGCUGAUGAUCAACUCCUCAGCAUACGCAGAUCAAUACCACCUUACCUACUACUACAGUAUUACCCGUUCAACUCAACUCCUAUGCAGACCGUCAUACAGCCUGCCCCGUCUCAGCGUCACAGUUGACCGAGCCAGCGGUACAAACACUGCAGCUACUUUGGUAAAUCCUUCCCCGACCACCGAUGGUCGAAGGAUCAGUGGUCUGAGUGCUUGGAACUUGACAGAGUUGAUCUUGGAUUCGGUGUCGGGGAUUUCGACUUACAACAGUGACAGCCAUUGGGGUCCGGUGAUCAAGCUCGCUCGACAGUCUCGUAUCAACGUCACCGAUGAGGAGAUGUUCGACGUAUCGACUUUGCAAGCCCUACUCCCACCGUUCUUCACUUCAGUUUCCGCCCAGAUUGCCAGGGAAUCGCUCAUGAGACCUUCGCAGGCUGUCGUCGUUGGAUCCUCAACCACUAAACGUACGCGGUUGACAGUUCGCUCGCUUUCAGCCCGCAUUAUGGAGGCCACUCUCGCCGUCCUCGCUGUGGCUGCAGUCAUUAUGGCCAUAUUUUGCCCUCGAACAGUCUCAGUUCCAUGCGAUCCAGGAUCCAUCGUUGGAACAGCAACGGUCUUCUCAUUGAAUAGAGCCCUUUUGGAGCAUUUGAAGAACGACGCUCCUUCAGAGAAUACCAGACUGGCACAACCGUCCUGGCGGCCUCUGGUGCUAAAGCCUUCUGUCCGCAGUCUCGGUUUGUUUACCAUCGCGGCCGUUAUUGUUGUACUCGAGAGUCUCUUGCAAGUCUCGCGGAAGCACAAUGGCAUCGCCAAUGUCGACCUGAAACAGUAUAUUCACUAUACAUGGUCGUAUAUCCCCGCGCUAUUGAUGAUCAUCAUUAAACUGUUCGCUCUGUCAGUUGACUUCAAUACGCGGCUCCUGGCUCCAUUUUCACGACUGAGGCGAGGCGGAACCUACAAAGACGCCUUGAACGUCAGUUAUUUGAAGCAACUUGCCCCCGCUGCCAUCAUCUCCUCGGUCCGAACAAGACAGUUUGCCGUCACCGCAACGACGCUCAUGGCGCUGAUCGGCGGGCUCCUUACAAUCGUUGUGAGCGGCGUAUACGACGUAGCACAAAUACCAACUCAGUCCCUCGUUCAAAUACAGCGUCAAGACUCGUUCCGAUCGGUCGAGGACAUUGACCUGGACAUUACUAGCGACGACAAAGGAGGGAUGCUUGGGGCUCUAAUUCUUGAGCAAAAUCUGUCAUACCCAAAGUGGACGUACGACGAGUUUGUUUUCCCCAAGCUGGAGAUGGUACGUGACACCAGCAACCUGGAGCUGGGCGAUUUUAUUGAUACCACUGUUCCUGCCUUGCACGCCAAACUCCACUGUAGAUACUUAUCAGGCCCCGAGGUAAAUGCUUCAGUGAACUGGACAAACGGCGGAGAGAUGAAUAUCGUGAAACCCCCAGCUCUUGCAACCUACCUCAACACACAAUCAGACAUCUACCUGGGAGGUAUCGACCCAGUCGUGGAGGGGGGAGUUUUUGGCUAUUCGGAUUGGGCAGGAGAUGGUAACGGAAUUGGCGAUCCGCCGGAGUACGCAUACAUCUGGGGAUCCUUGAGCGGCCGAGAGAUCGACCACAUCGUCAUCCUCAUGUGCGACGAAGACCUCCACACCAUCGACGUCUCUGCAAGGUUCUCGCUACCAAACUUCUCAAUCGGCGCAGACUUCCCGCCUGUGCCAAUCGAAGCCACGUCGAAGUGGUUCACGGAUCUUUUCCUCCUCGAACCUUAUUCGGACCAACUGCCCAGGCAGCCCGACGGUCCGUUUCCCUGGGAUGAGUUCUUCACCCUUUUGGUAGAGGGUAGUGGCGGCAUCGAAAUGUCGGAUCUUAGGGAUCCCUCGAAGGUCGACAAGAUUGUGGACACAAUCAAGCACUUCCACGGCAUCUUGCGGGCUCAGCAAUACAACAUCGUUUUGCGGCAAACUCCGGCUCAAAAUGAAACACUUGCGAGCCUUCGGUACCCGAGCACGAUGACCAGCAACAGGCGGAGCAGACUUAUCCAGCAUGCAGUGUCGACACGCAUCUUGGAAGGCAUGCUUUUCGCGAUGCUUGUUUUUGGGACGGCGGCUACAUUCAUGAUGAAGACGAGAGACGUAUUGCUCGAAAACCCCUGUACGAUUGCCGCCAUGGCACGCUUGCUAGCUGAGUCAAGCAUUCUCGUCCACAAACGACCGUCCAUAUCCAUACCAGACUUCUUGGACAGCGAGUCUCCCACGGAUCCCGAAUCAUCCCAGAGCGACGUAUUCAGGCUCGAUUGGUUUGUACGGAGAGAGCACAGCCAGGAGAAAACGAGAAUUUUCACAAUCCGGGCUGUGGAUGCUGUCGAACUCCGGACGAGACCUUCUGCGCAGCCGCCGGAGGAGGUGAACGCGGCGACGGCGACGGCGACUGUGGGAGAUUAUGCUCCGAUACCAGCGGACGAUACUCACCCCAGCCUCGACUUGGCGGAUCUGGACCGAGAGAGAAACGAGGAGCGUGGGGACAGCGCGCUCCUUGCCGUCACAAGUGUACAAGAUGGCAACCACAGAGAGGAAACGGAUUCUUUGGUUCGGUCAAGAGACCAAGACCAGACUAGCGAAAGUGAGCAGACCCCGAACCAUCAAAGGUCCCCAUGA